AUGCAAGGGAUCCCAACACUCUACUACGUGAAUGGAUCGAAUUAUACUGCAAUCAAGCCUUACCGAUUCAGCGCCUACUACAAGGAGCUCGAUAGCGCCGAAAUCUCAAUCCCUCAAAAUCUUAAGCUCCUAGCGGGAAAUGUGAGCGCAAUGUCUCAUCACCAGCUCGACAAGAACGCCGGUGUCCAGUGGUUCUGUGACGGCAGCGGAGUAGAAGGAGACUCCGAAAACGACACAGACGACGCAGAGUUCCCCACCAAGACGUGCAGAGAGCAUCUGCAAGUACUCCUACUCUUCCCUGACUGCGCGAAUCCAAAGACCCUGAAGUACGCUUAUUCGGCCAAUCCGGACUGGGUAGACGGCUAUGGCGAAAACCGCUGCCCGAUUGGCAUGUAUCGGAUUCCUCAUUUGCGCUUUUCUAUCCGUUAUGACCUGCGGUCUAUUCUUCCGGACGGUUGGUCUGGGGCACCUCCGCUGAAGCUUUCUUGUGGUGUCUCGUAUUGUAUGCACGGAGACUUCAUCAACGGAUGGCUUCCCAAGGCUGCGGAUAAUAUGGUGAAGGACGCGCCGUCUAAUGAUCGCGAGUACUUCCAUGUCCACGGUCCUAAAGACGAGGACGAUCAGGGCUCGGAGUGUGACGCCCAGGACGCUGACCCCAGCCGCGGAACGAGUGACUACUGGAUGAGUGUGAGGAUGAUGGGCGCGAGUGGGAAUUCGACGAUGUCUUCUCGACAUUCGGCAUAUCAUCGUUUAGGAUUAUAG